AUGCUCGAAUGUUGGCCCUCUGCCCUGGCUACAACCGCUGACCGACCGCCAGAAUGCCUAUACCCCGAACCAAGUCGCCAACGCCGAAAGCGUGUCCGUACUGUCGACCAGUUCGAGGCUCUGGAAACCAGACUGAAGCAAAUGGAAGCGUGUCUCGAGAAAGCCACCCGUGCUCCAGAGCCGGGACUCUGCUCCAGUACGCCAAAGCGACGCCCCCGGAGCCGUGGCUCUUCCGGAGGCUCUCACGAGGGCCCCAAGCGUGUCGAGGGCGCCCAUUUCCACCCCACGGACAAGUUUGUCUUGACCCAGCAUGCGACUGAGAAUAGCGAAGACGGCUAUCACGGCUACUCCGGCGACCGAUCAUUCAUUCAGCGGAUGCGAGAAGUAAGAAAUUGGGCUGGGGCCGAAGUCCAUCGCAGGUUACGGCGGUCAGACGGGCAGCUGCCCAGCCUAUUCGAACCAGACUAUGGUCUUGCCGCGACAGCCUACCUUCCUUCCAAAGAGCGUUCUCGGACAUUGAUUGACGCUGCGUUGGAUGCGUAUGCGCUGACCCCAAUUCUGCACCGGCCGACGUUUGAUUACUCUUGGAAUGUUAUCUACUCAAUUGAGCCGAGUCAGUACACGGCCGAUGAGCUCCGGUUCCUGCCCCUUCUGUAUGCCGUGCUCGCUCUGGGAUGCUUGUUCGCCCAGGCAGAUGCCCAGAAGUCGUCCCGUGACACUGCGAAGGCCGACGGGUACGUGUGCCCCUAUUCAGGAGUGACGUUUCCAGUGUUGACUUCUGCUAGCCUUCGUUUCUUCGCUGCCAGCCGCUGCUUGAUCGACCUCAGCCAUUGUGCAAACGAAACCAACCUGCAAACAAUUGUGUUUCUGAAUCUUUUCCUCAUCGAGACCGCCCGCACCGGGUCCUGUUAUUCAUACCUCUCCCACACACUCACACUCGCCCUGCGGAUGGGUCUGCAUCGAUCCAUGCUCAGAGAUUGUGAUCCGAUUAGGAGCGAGGUCGGCAAGCGGGUCUUCUGGACAAUCAGGCUGUUCGCAAAUUACUUUGCAACCAUUGUGGGCAUGCCGAGACCUCUGGGUGAUGACAAUGUCGACCAGGAUCUACCCGUGGAAGCAAAUGAUGGAUACAUCACAGACGCCAAAGUUUCACCUCAACCAUCCACUGAAGUGUGCCAAAUCCUGGGGAUGAAUACAUAUAUCAAACUCCACAACAUCCUGGGACAAGUUGUGAGGCACGUAUAUCCGCUUCGAGGGAUCAGCAAAAGCCCAGGCAAGGAGUCGGCGAGCUACAUGGUUAGCAUCGAGAAUAUUGGAGCGAUUGAAGAGGCUCUCAAAGCAUGGGAGGCGAGCGUGCCACCAGGCUUUCGUUUAGGCGACGACGACCCAGAAUCCAGGUCAUUGUUACGUGCUCAAUACCUCCUCUCCAUGUCACAUGCACAUGUCCAAGUGUACCUGUACCGACCAUUCCUGCACUAUCUCUCCAAGUUUUCACGGCCCGGUGGAUCAGUAUACAGCAGUAUGGACUAUACUUCCUAUGCAUCGGCAUGUCUGCAAGCAUGCCAGAAGAUCCUGAGGCUUAGCGGACAGGUGUGUCAGCGCGAGCUUAUCCAAGGCUGCAACGUGGUAUUCUCUCAUAUGGUCUUCACAUCCAUCAUCUCCCUGCUAUAUGUCCUCCUCAGCUCCGUCGGAUGGGGUGAGGGUGGAGUCGAUAUAAUUGUCGGUGAUAUCGCUCUGGGAUGUAAAGUUAUGUGGGUAAUGUCGCACUACAACGAGGCGAUUGAGACAGGUCAGAGUAUCGUGGCGGUGGGUCAUUCAUUCGCUUCUAUGCAUCAGAUGCUCUCGACUGACACUCUUCUCAAGGCAAUGAUAGCAUUGCUUCCGAAAGAGCUGGCCCAUGCCCGAGACCGGUUGCAGAACUCUUCUUGUGAGAGAGGCAAUCUGCAACAUGCCCAAGACAACCUCACUGCAGAUUUGAACGGGCGUGAUCCUGCUGCUCCCCUUGCUUUCCAGCCGACGAUGCUCGGGGCAGCAGAAAAGGGACUCCCCGUGCACGUGCGGCCCGAGCUCACGCAAAUUUCACCACAGCUAUACGGUGCUGAUGCUUCCGCCACGAGAGCCACCGCUACGGCCCCCUUCAGCAGACAUCCAGUCCCCGAUCUUUAUCCCGAUGCAAACACCCCAUCACUUGACUGCCUCGAGGCUCAGCCGUUCAGCUUCGCCGACGCCCCUUUCUUCGGAGAGAUGUGGAACGGCAUGAACAUGGCGUGUUUUUCCUAUUGGGACCCGGCGUCCAGCAGCAGUCACCGUGAUGGUAGUGGUAACGUCGACAUGAACAGUAUGGACCCGUUCUCCGGAGGGUUCUCGAAGGGCGUGGGCGUGGGCGUGGACAUGGGCACGAAUAUCAAUAUGGGUCUGGAUCAAGUGAGGCAGAUGAUCAAUAACAAUGCAGAAUAUACGUUCUAA